AUGAAAUUCUACAUCUCUCCUUUCACUGCUUCCACGUUCAAGAUCCAUUUAUACUCCACCCGUUCAAAACCCACCUGGAAUUCAUCACAAACCAAUCUCUUCAUCACAAACCCAACUCUGUUAGCUGUAGAAUCAUGCAAUUCCAUGGCUCAUUUGAAGCAAAUCCAAUCCCAAAUGACUAGAACCGGCAUCAUUUUUCAUGUUUUUCCCAUUAGCAGAAUCUUAACUUUCUGUGCUUUAUCAGACACCGGAGAUCUAAACUAUGCUCAUCGCCUUUUUAACCACUUCCCUAACCCCAACGUUUAUAUGUGGAACAUUAUGAUCAGAGGGUAUCUAAAAUUACAAUUGCAUGUAAAAGGUUUAUCUUUGUUUCGUUUAAUGGUACGUAAGUGUGUAGAAAUGGAUAGGAGGAGCUUUGUGUUUGGUUUGAAAGCGUGUGAGGGUUUACUGGCUGGGGAAUCCGUGCAUUCUUUGGUUUGGAAAGUAGGUUUUGAAUGUGAUUUGGUUGUGCAAAACGGGUUGGUCCACUUUUACGGUGAGAGAGGGCGGUUGGAUUCUGCACGUAAGGUGUUCGAUGAAAGUUGCGUGCGAGAUGUUGUUUCUUGGACUAGUUUGAUAAAUGGGUAUGUGAAGCAAGGCAUGUCAGAUGAAGCAUUGAGAGUUUUUGAGUUAAUGGAAGCAAGUGGGGUUCAACCUAAUGAGAUUACGAUGAUAACAGUGUUUUCUGCUUGUUCUCAGAAAGGGGACUUGGAAUUGGGAAGAUCUCUCCAUGAUUAUGUCAAAAGAAUGAAUCUAAAUUCGAGUCUCAAUCUAAUGAAUUCAAUACUGGAUAUGUAUGUUAAAUGUUGUUCUUUAGUUACAGCCCAAGAGAUCUUUGAGAAUAUGAGAACUAGAGAUGUUUUCUCGUGGACGAGUCUGAUAAACGGGUAUGCUAAGAACGGAGAGUUGGUUUUAGCAAAGAAACUGUUCGAUGAAAUGCCUGAGAGAAAUAUUGUAUCUUGGAAUGCUAUGAUUGCAGGCUAUUCACAAAACAAUAAGCCAAAAGAAGCUAUAGAACUCUUUUAUGCCAUGGAAAACGCAAGUUUGAUUCCUAUAGAGACCACUCUAAUAUGCGUCCUCUCUGCUUGUGCUCAAUCAGGUUGCUUAGAUUUAGGUCAAUGGAUAUACUUUCACUAUAUCAAACGAAACCAGAUUCAACUCACCGUGACUCUAGGAAACGCGUUCAUAGACAUGUAUGCCAAAUGUGGUCACAUUGAUGCAGCCGCAGAGCUCUUUAAUGGCAUGCAAGAAAAAGAUUUAGUUUCUUGGAACUCCAUGAUUGUUGGCUUUGCUUCCCAUGGUCAAGCAAUGAAAUCCCUUAAUCUUUUCGAACAAAUAAUUGAAAUAGGGUACAAACCCGACAAAAUCACAUUCAUCGGUGUGUUAUCCGCUUGUAGCCACGGAGGCUUACUCACCCAAGGAAGAACCUACUUCAAAGAAAUGGAGAACAUUUAUGGAUUAAAACCAACAGUUGAACAUUAUGCAUGCAUGAUUGAUUUACUUGGACGAAAUGGGCUUUUGGAUGAAGCUUACGGAUCGAUAGUCGAAAUGCCAAUGGAAGCUGAUAAAGCUGUUUGGGGAGCGGUUCUUAGUGCGUGUAGGAUGCACGGAAAUGUCGAAUUAGGUAAACUUGCUACUGAAAAACUCUUGAUUUUGGAUCCAAAUGAUAGUGGUAUUUAUGUGCUUAUGGAAAGUUUAUGUGCCAUGAGACAAAAAUGGGAUGAAGUAAAGAUGGUUAGAAGUAUGAUGAGAGGGAAAGGUGUUAAGAAAACACCUGGGUGUAGUUGUAUAAAAGUGGAGGGUGAGUUUCAUGAGUUCUUGGUUGCCGAUAACUCGCACCCUGAAUCGGAAACCAUAUAUAAAGUGUUGGGUGAACUGAUUUCGUUGUCGAGGGUGGAAGAUACAUCGGGUGUUAACUGCAUUGUCGAGAAUGAGGUACAUAUAUUGUGAGAAUAUGUGAAACUCUUAGAUUUAUAUGUAAAAUAGCAUAAAUGAGGUUCCAACAUAUAUUGAAGAGAAAUGAUCCAAAUGUAGUCUAUGUUGAACUCGAACACUCAAAUCUUGUGGGUUAGCUCAACUGGCAAUAAGGCUUGGACUUUUAGGGAUUCUUCUCAGUCACCAUCAGUUCGAAUCCUGCAAGGUGACUGAGAUUUUUCUGGCUGGUUUAAGGGACCUUGGGG